AUGAACAGUAAUAACAGCCAAACACCAGCAGCUGAUACAAUGAGCAGUAAUAACAGCCAAACACCAGCAGCUGAUACAAUGAACAGUAAUAACAGCCAAACACCAGCAGCUGAUACAAUGAGCAGUAAUAACAGCCAAACACCAGCAGCUGAUAUAAUGAACAGUAAUAACAACAGCCAAACACCAGCACCUGAUGCAGUGAGCAGUAAUAACAACAGCCAAACACCAGCAGCUGAUACAAUGAGCAGUAAUAGCCAAACACCAGCAGCUGAUACAAUGAACAGUAAUAACAGCCAAACACCAGCAGCUGAUACAAUGAGCAGUAAUAACAACAGCCAAACACCAGCAGCUGAUACAAUGAACAGUAAUAACAGCCAAACACCAGCAGCUGAUACAAUGAGCAGUAAUAACAGCCAAACACCAGCAGCUGAUACAAUGAGCAGUAAUAACAGCCAAACACCAGCAGCUGAUACAAUGAACAGUAAUAACAGCCAAACACCAGCAGCUGAUACAAUGAACAGUAAUAACAACAGCCAAACACCAGCAGCUGAUACAAUGAGCAGUAAUAACAGCCAAACACCAGCAGCUGAUACAAUGAGCAGUAAUAACACCAGCAGCUGA